AUGAAUAUCGGUGCAAAGAGGACUUUAAUCAAACAACCUCCACCAAAGAAGGCUCAGCGGCAGUUUGAACGGAUGUGGAAUGUUGCGAAGCCUGGAGCUUCCGGAAAUGAUGAUUAUACCGAUGAAGUGCCGGAGGAAGGAACGUUCCGCAGAUCCAAAACUUCCUUGCUUGGACCACCCCCACGCUCAUUAUUGUCUUCGAAACGUGAAGAAGAAAGCCGAUCACCCAGCCCUGGUCAAGACAGGAAUAGACGUUCCCAGAAAAAUACCGCUCAUCCCACUGGGUCAGAUCAGGAAGUUGGUUCGGUAGCCUUGCAAAUGCCACCGCCUCUAUCAUCUGCACCAACAGUUGUGCAACAGUGGUCAAAUCCAACAGCGUCUCAACAACCAGUGAUACAACAAAUUACACCUCAGCCAAGUAUUCUGGUACCGGCUGUGCAAACACUAACGGCAGUGGCGCAGAUGGGAACAGCCGGUAUACCUUUAUCCGCAUUAUCCAUGCCACCAGCUAUUGGUCCACUUAUUUGGCCACCGCCAAUUCCGUCUAACCUUGCUCAUGUACCAACUGCAUCGUCGUCAUCUGUCCAAAAUAGGGAUGUGGACUAUCGUACUGGACCUCCUUCUCUUCCAAUGCCACCACUUUUACUAGGUAAUAACAACAAUUCAUCUAAUGAUGUGGAUCUAAGAAAUCAGCAACCCUCUUCAUCUUCACAAUCGCAAAGCUGGCGGUCUAAUGUACAGCCGGACAGUAAAUCAAUAAGCAAUGAUGAAGCAUCACGAACUAUCUCUUCUACAGGUGAAAUGAGAAUACAUGACCCUCGUGUAAGAAGGGGUGGGUCUCGAGGAAGCAUAACCAGAAAUGGAGAUGACGACAGGUCAGGAGGACUUGCAUCCGGAACUCAAGUACGCGAUCCUCGCAGGAGGCCUCAGUUACGUACGUCGGCUGCAUCUAAACAAGACGAAAACUUCGAUAGUCGUUUCGAAGGUAGUCAAGUUCGACGGCAUGUCUGGAUGCCAAAUAUGAAUGAAACUGGAGAUAGCAGAGCUGGACCCGGUCAGGCAAUUCCAAUGCGCUAUGAAUUCAAUUGUCCCGUUGGUGAUUUUGAUGAUCGCCUUCAACAUCACCAACAGCAGUACCCGCCCCAUCUACAUCAACAUACUGGAGGUGGAUUAGUUCGACGAGGGGCAAGCCGAAAUCGAAUCAGAAGAGGAGCUUAUUAA